AUGUACUUCGUUAUUGUCACACAAAAGUGCAGAUUGUUAUUGAAGGUUCAGCUGUUUGGGCUGGUGAUGAUUGGGUUAAGGCAGUGGAGUUUGAAGCACAGUGAAUCAGGGAUAAUGCUCUCUCAAAGAGACGUGGAUAAGUAUUACAGAGAAUUCACGGCGCUUUCUUCAGGCCUUGCUAACUAUGUCAACGCAUUUUUGAAGAUUGCUGAUGAGGAGACAGAAUUCCCAGAAAUGAGAGACUGGUUGGACAGUGACCCUGAACAAGUUCGUCGUUCUGAUACUGAACGAAUUUGGGGUGUUCGAGACCAGACGAAAUUUACAAUGGAGGAUCUGAAGACUUGGGUGGAAAGAGGUGGAACAUUGAAAGCAUGGCGAACAUCUAGUCCUGAAGAAGAAGAACACUCAGGGAAAGGAAAGAAGAAGGCUCAGAAGUCUCACAAGAAGUUGUUGAACUUGGUUUCAGUUGUUCUGAACUUUUUUGACAAAUGUCUGGUUACUCUUGGUUAUCUUGCUCUCAGCAUUAUAUGCACUAUAUUCUCCCUUGCUAUGGGUUUUAGCCAUGCCUUUGUUACUCUGCCACUAUUUAUGAAGCUGGUUAUCAUUGUGGCCAUCCUGCCAUUUGUCUCUGCAUCUCCAACAACUCAGCCAUUUCCUGAUAUACCAUUCAGAGAUUUCAGUGCAUUUGUGGAACAGACGUUUGCUCCAAAAUAUCACUAG